CUACGGCCGCAGCGCCAUUCCUCCCGGCCCUCCCGACCAACGUCUUGCCUGAACCAAAGGCCGAUCAUUUGUUGUUGCAACCCUGUGCUUCCACGGCUGUGCCCACCAUCUUGUGCAAAAACUCCCAGGCCGUCGGCUGUUGAUCGAACCUCACCCGCCUCGUUCCUGCGGAGAUACUUGCACGGCGUUCGUUGGACUAGACCCUGCCGAGCGUACGUCUUAAGGUCGUUGGCUGACGCUUCCAUUUGCCAACAUAGCCACCAUCCUUUCGUCCAUUUCGCUCUAUCGCUCUCUUCUCCCAUUCUGUUGCUGUACCAUAUUUCUUUUUUGCAAACUGAAGCGUGAGACCGGAAUCAUGCCCAUCAGGAACUUUUAUCCCUUCAAGAAGGCGCAGACGGCCCAGGAUCUCUAUGAGCAAAACAACAACAUCCGAACUUCCGCAGAUAAGGGUUUCAAAGAUGCAAACGUCAAAGGCUCGAAGCCGAUCGAAAUCGGCGACCAGGCGGAAUAUAAAUUGAGCGAGAUCAAUGACAGUGGAGUUUUUCUUCCCCCCUCCCCGUCUGCAAAGGAAAAACCUGCCUUCUUCAGCCGCACGUCUACCUCGACCACACGUUCGCACCGCAGCUUACUUUCCGACAACGAGCCGUUCAACAUCUCACGAGAGUCUUUUGAUUCGUACAGGCGAUCAUUCGAUAUUUCCGCCAGGUCGCCAGUUUCCGCCUAUGAGCCCCCGCUACGGCAGUCGUUGGACUCGCGCCGAAACUUGAAUGCUUACAGCCCCCGUCCAUCCUUUCAAGAUCGCGAGAGGGCGUCAUUUCAGCAGUCGCGCGACACGCCCGAGGACCGCUUCGAAGACGUAGGUUUGAACGACGAGCCAAAACAGCAGAAGAAGCGCGGCUUGUUCAGCAGGUUUGGAGAGGACAGAACGGAGCCCGUGACUAGCGAGGCUAAGCCCGCUACAGCGGGCACCCGUUUCCUUUCCGGCAUAACUGGUGGCCGGAAACGCGGACAGAGUGGGACGGGUAGCGAGCUUGCAAACAUGCCGCACGCCGUUUCCGUGGAAGCGAAUUGAAGCCUUUUUUCCUUUUUGAUAAUCUUUUAUGUUCCCCUUAUACAUCAUGUUUACGACAAGAGUACACGGAAGGAUUGAAAAUGAUGGGAAUACCAUUACUACCUCGGUUACGGACUACAAGGUGGAGAUUCGCUGCAUAUGAUUUGACGUGCCCACACGCUCUGGCACGCAAGGUCUUUCGCUCUCAUAUAAGAGUAGUGCGAAUGAGACUUAUCUGGCAUCAUGAUAGCCAGGAUUGUAAUAAUAAUAAUCAGAGCAAUGAAUUAAAUUUUAUGCAGGCAAAAUGCUGCGACUUGUACACAGCGCCAAUGGAUUAUCGGAUGGGC